CAAAUAUUACAUAUUAUUAAAUCAUCAUUUUUAUUUAUGGUGGGUCCAGAGGAAGCCUUGAAAACAUAAGAGUAUAAAGCUUAUCGUUGGCGUUGGUUAGUCUUAUUCGCAUUUUGCACAUUUACGUACAUUUUCCAUGUGAAAUAGCUUCUCAAAUGCACUCGGAUUUGUCUAAUAUUCCCCUAUUCUUUCUCUUGCAGCCGAAUAUUAUGGCGUAACUGACUAAGACAUCGUGUGGUUUAGCAAUUGCUACUACAUUACAUACGUAGUAUUUUGUCCGUUUACAAUACGUCCAUUGGAAAAGAGACUAGACUUGUCCUUAUUCCUUGCUGCCUUUGUGACAACCUUAGGUAUUAAGUACUGAAAACUGAUUUAGGCUAAUGGUUUAUCUACAUAGCUCAAUAAACCUAUUCUUUUGCUUUAGUAGGGUUUAUUUUAAUAGGGAUGGGUUAGAUUUUUAUUUUAGCAGCACCAGCAUGUAAAUAUGCUUGAUAUAUGUUAUAGAUAUCUCCGACAGAUGGUUCCCCAUGCAUGAGAGAACUGUAUCUACAAGUUUAGGUAGUUUUUUCAAUUUGGUUGGAUUAAAUUUUUCGAUUGUUUAUGCAUCUAUCACAUUUUAAAAUGUGACUGAUCAUAAUGAGAUAGUCGACUAAAUAGAUUUCAUGAAUUUAUUAUUUGCUAUAUUUACUUCGUUGGCCUUUAUAUUUUGUGUAACUAUGAUUAGGAACAAGCCAGCCACUCCUCCAUCGAUAUCAGCUGUAAUACUAUUAACAAAUGAUAGGCAUCUGAAAAAAUGCUGAUACUGCCAUCUUUUAAAAGGGCAUUCAGAAGUUUUGAAUCAAUAAUGGAUUUGCUAACAUUUUCCAUGUUCAUAGGUGUAUCUUGGGCCUAUAUGGUUGUGAUUGCAAUUCUCUUGGCUCCUUUCAAUUAUACAACAGAACAAAUAGGUUAUGUGAGUAUUGUCUACGCAGCUACUGGAGCAGUAGGCGGAACUCUGGCUAGUAUAUAUGUCGACUAUCAAAUAAAAAAUAACUCAAAGCCUCAUUAUGAUUAUUUAAUAAAAGGGUUUUUGACAAUAGGAGUGGCUGGGAUCUUGAUAAAGGCAUUGAUCAUCAAUUAUGUUAAUGACACUGUGAUUGUUGUGUUAUCUGGGAUCAUUGGCUUUGGGCUAAAUUCAUUCCUUCCCUUGGCUUUGCAAUGCUACAUAGAAAAGCUAUUCCCUUCAUUUGAGUUAGUAUUAACCACUGCGAUAAUGCAAAUGUCAAAUGUAUAAUGUUCAUCAUUAAUUCAAAGUUAUUUGGUUUUAUUCUGAAUUACAUUUUGAUUCUGGAGGUGUUCCUGGAUGUUGGAUUGUGGGUCAUUUUGGUGGCAAUGGGACCAUUUUACCUGUAUUUGAUAUUUGGAUACAAGACGAAGUUCCUCCGUUUGGAAAUGGAAUAAUAAGCAGCUGCUGCUUGA